AUGGAGAAGAGUGCAGCACAGUGUCUCGUGGAUUUGAUCCCGAAGCUCCGGCAGCGGCUCCAGGACACACCGCGGUCUGCGCGGGCUCCGCGCACCCCUCCCAAGAUCGCGAGACGUGCGCCGAAGCCCAAGGCAGUGGCUCGGGACAAUCAGACCGAAGGGGCCAUGGCCAGCAGGCAGCCUUCAGAAGACCUGAAGGCCACUUCAGCGCCGAUCCCGGCCCCUCACACGCCGCCUUGGAGCGAUGUUGCGAAGGCAGAUACAGCGAGUGUCGCCAACGCAUUGAUUGCGGCUCCUUCUACCCCUCCUCGGCCAGCAAGUAACCAGCCGCAGGUCGUGCCUGCGAGGUUUCGGGUAGAGCUGGUCGAGCAGCUCAUGCAGCCGCAUUUGAGCCAUCCGAGCCCGGCCGUCGCUGCUGGGGCUGGUGGCGAGAGGCCCAAGGCACCAGCACUCCCACAAGCAGCUCCCAGACCUAAGGUGAUUCCCACAAGGAAGCCUCAAGCACCACUCUCGGCUGCCGUGUCGCUAAAGACCGCGCGACCAAAGGUGAUGCCAUCACCGCCAUCUCCGCUGUCUCCGCAAUCUCCGCAGCCUCCGCCUGCGCCGGCUCCGCUGACUCCGCCUCGCGAGCCUUCCGGGAUGCACUGCGAGCCGGCAACGGCCCAAGAGGCGAACCCGCCGAAGGAGCGCCAGAGCGCCCUGAGACGCAAGGCAGUGCCAAAACCAUCAAGAGCUUCGAUGCCUGCAGAACUGGCGGUGGACUUGACCACCGCUCCCGACGAAGUGCAGGUGCUAGCGGAAAGGCCCGGAACUGGUUUGACGGGUGUCUUGGCCGGGGGCUUCGCCGAGGAGGUGGAGAUGGUGGACUCGAGCCAGGAAGCCAUGAAGAUUGAGAAUCAGCGGAAGAGACAGCAGCAAAAAGGGCCAAAACUGUUGCAAGCCAAGCCAAAACCUCUUGCGUCCAAGCCCGACGAGCUGUCCGAAGAGCAACGCUUUCAAAAGGCCCAGGAGGAACAGCAGGAGGAAUGGUCCUGGUCCCAACCCGAAGAGCAACUCCUUGCUGAAAAGGAGGCCCAGGACGAACAGCAGGAGGAAUGGUCGUGGUGGCAGGAGCAGAAAGCCGAACCCGAAGAGCAACUCCUUGAAAAGGAGGCCCUGGACGCAAAAGUGGAGGAAUGGUCGUGGUGGCAGCAGCAGAAAGCCCAACCCGAAGAGCUCGAACAGGAGGCCCAAGACGAAAAGAUGGAGGAGUGGUCGUGCUGGCAGCAGCAGAAAGCCCAACCCGAAGAGCAACUCCUCGAACAGGAGGCCCAAGAAGAACGGCAAGAGGAGUGGUGGUGGCAGCAGCAACAGCGAAGCUUCGCUGAGGCUGUCGCGCCCGUUCCAGAGUGUGAUGGUCCUGUGGCGAUGUCAGCAGACUUUGCUGAAGAUCAGACUGAGGAGCCCAUGGAAACUGUGGAAACUGUAGCUGAAGAGACCGCAACGGAGUCAAUGGAGGAGCCAGACGUCGAAACGGAGAUGUCUGAGACACUCUUGGACGCUCUCGAGGCGCAGAUCUCGGCAGAAGCAGAACGAGUUCAAGAACUGGAGAGGCAGCUGCGAGCCGAUUCGGUAGGCCCGGUAGGCUCGGACACCGAGACGGAGACCGAGGAGGAGGCGGAGACCCGCCCCGCAAAGGUACCGAAGCUCCAUGAAGAUGCUAAGCACUUGAUCCACCGUUACGGAGCCUCCCAUAGCCUGCUUCUUACGAGCCCAUCCACUCCACCUCUGGAGCAAGAGCUGCCAACGCCCACUGGGCCCACUGGGCCCGCCGGUUUCAGUGACGCUGACGCUGACCUUGCUGCCCCGCGUACUCCUCCGCUUUGGGAGAGCCCCGAGGCUGUGCAAGGUGUGGCGCCACUCCUCGCAAAUCUGCUCUCUGGUGACUCUGGUGGCUUCCCUGCGACUGCAGGCUCUGCAGGAGUGACGCAUGCGCAAUGUUCGCCGAAAAGCCCUCCCACAGCUCCCACGCCCAUGGCCAAACCGGAGUUGCCAGAGGUAGAUGCCCCGCCAGACCCAGAGGAGCCACCUCAGACAGCUCGAGGCAGCCUUGCCCCAGAACCGCAAGUUGUCCCGCUGCUGUUACAGUCACAGCCGCCACAGCCUGCGAGCGCCUUCAUUCCACAGGAGUGGACGGCUGCUGCAAACAGCAGCAGGCGUGCAUCGACACUGGAGGAACUUGUGGGUCAGCCCACGCCGACGUUACCAAUGCCGCCUGUGGUCACCGGCCCAGAAAGGGAGACAGUGAAGACAGAAGAUGGACUCCACAAUGCAUUGAUUCGGGCCGUCUUGGAUGUGGUUCCGGGGUCAGUUCCACAAAGUCCGCACGAACCGGCUACAAUGGCAGCUGCUGCUGGAACCAUGUUUGCCUCAGCCAUGGAGUUGUACAGAGACAGCAUGCUGAUGAGCUCGGCUGCCACCUCCCUGGCAGAACGCAUGUGGUUGGGCGACUGCGACUUGGUCUCUUCGGCGGAAUGA